AUGAAUAACGACAAAAUCGACUUUCUCAGAUCCGUGGCGGCUGAAAACGCGGCCCAGGGCCUACAUCUAAAGUGUUCGACGUGGAAAAAGCCCCACAGACGGCACAAGGCAACGCGCCAGCUAAUAACGGACGAGUGGAAAAGACUAACCAGCGAAACCACUCAGGACUCUUUGAAGCGCGACAACAAGACGCUUUUGACGUAUUUCAACGUCGAGGCACCUCCCAGUGUGUAUCCGACCAAGAAAUACUGCGAUAUCACAGGUCUUAAGGCCAAUUAUAAGUCGCCUGGAAAUGGGCUGCGUUUCUGCAACAGCGAGGUCUACAGUUUGGUGAUCAAACCCAUGGCUCCGGGUGUGGACCAGGAAUAUCUCAAGCUUCGAGGCGACAACGUCGUUUUGAAGUGA